GAUUAGUUUUGUCUGUUCCGUCUGCAAUAGCAGGAAAUACGCAUUUUUAAAUGAAGCAUGUUAACAAGUAACUCAGCCCUGUUUAGUUUGUGUUACUUCUACUUCUACUUUGUUACUCCUCCGUGUCCGUCUUUAGUUUUCCUCAAACCCUCCGGCAGCCUGGAGCCAUGCUGCCGCUGAAGGAGAAGGACAAACCCGUCGUCCGGAAGCUGCUGUCGUCCGGCUGCUGCGCUCGCUGCGUCCUCCGGUUCUGCUGCGUGACCGUCCAGGCCGCCUACAGGAAGCACCCAAAGGAUACGCUCGAGGAACUCCGGGCGUUCGUCGGCGACGCGGAGAACGGCGAGCACCGGGAAUCGGUGGAAGGGAACGGCGAAGCCCGUGAUGCAGCCGUGUCAGAACCACCUGGAGACCCACCUGGAGACCCACCUGGAGACCCACCGAGUAAAAGGGCAAAGCUGGAGCCCGUUGGGACCGGCGCUCCGUCGGAGGAAGACAAUAAAGCUGCUGCGGUCGAACCAAAGGACGAAGAGCCGAGUGUGUGUGUGGCGUGUUUGGGGAUCCUCCAGGAACUCUGUGGCUCGACUCAGGCUGUAAAGAUAGCGGAGAGAGUCAAGGCCGAAAAGUACGAGUUUGACACCCUGUUGCUGUCGGUGUCUCUGCCUGCUCAGCUGUGCGUCCGCGAGCACUCCUGUUGGCUUCACGUGAAGAAGGAAAUGAGAGAGAAGAGCAUGGCGGUGGACAAGGACGACGUGGUCCAGGUGAAGGAGGCCUUCAAGUGGAUCAUGCAGGGCCUGGUCGCCAAGGAGCUGGGCGGCGUUGCCGUGGUGAUCAGGAGUUUGUUCGAGGUCGGUGUGGAGUUCACGCACCCCGAGACGGACGCCGACUGCCACUUCCUCGCGUCGACGUGUGCCGACUGCUUCAGAUCCAACAAGAACAAACGGUCGGUGUUCACCAGGAUGGCGGUGGUCAAAGCUCUGGAAAAGAUAUCCGACGCCGUUUUCCUAAAACAUUACGCUUCUCCACCAGCGCCGACGACCAGCAGUUGCAGCCCUCAGAACGUCCAGUGUCUCCACAUGUCCCUCUUCGUCGCAGGGAGGUACAACAAGUUCAGCCGCAGUCUGCCUCAGACGCCGUGGGUGAUCGACGGCGAGAGGAGGAUGGAGUCGUCGGUGGAGGAGCUGAUCGCGGCGCCCGUCCUGUCGUCCUUCAGAGCCGACGGAUUUAAUUUCUCCUCGUCGGGCCGGGAGGACGUGGACGUCCGGACUCUUGGAAACGGUCGCCCGUUCGCGAUGGAGCUGCUGGAUCCUCACAGGACCAAACUGAGCCAAGUGGAGAUGAAGCAGCUGCAGGAGACCAUCAACAACUCUUCAGACAAAAUUAGGGUGAGAGACCUGCAGAUUGUGUCCAGGGAGGCCAUGAGCCGCAUGAAGGAGGGGGAGGAGGACAAAACCAAGUCGUACACGGCGCUCGUCUGGACCCAGAAACCCAUUCGGAGCGAAGACAUCGCCUUCAUCGACGACAUCAAGGAUCUGACUCUGGACCAGAAGACCCCUCUGAGGGUUCUGCACCGGCGGGCGCUGGCGGUCCGUCAGCGGGUCGUCCACCGCAUGACCGCCCGCUUCCUGGACCCUCAUCACUUCUACCUGGAGCUGAAGACGCAGGCCGGCACCUACAUCAAAGAGUUCGUCCACGGAGACUUCGGUCGCACCAAACCCAACAUGAGUGUUCUGCUGAAGAUGGACACGGACAUCCUGGAGCUGGACGUGGAGUCUGUGGAUGUGGACUGGCCUCCGUCGAUACCGGAGUGAACCUCCGUCCUGCUUGCUGAGCAUCCGGGGACCGGAUCCUGCGUGGGGGAACCGGAGGGUUCCCGGUUCAGGGUGUCUUGAGACCAGACGACGUCCUGAUGGCUGUGAAGUCCGUUCGCGUCUCCGGUCGAAACGUUCCAUCUUCAAAAUGUACCGAAGAGACAAAUAACGCUCUCUUGUUCAGUAAAAAAAGGUCACGACUUGGGGAAAAAGGGGUGUGUUUUCUGUACGGUGGCCUUUUGAGGACAUUUCAACAGCUUCGUUUGAGGUCUCAGCGCUUGUAAACAAAUCCCGAUGGGUGUUUGUUUGUCAUCUCGCGGCUUUUUUAAAGGUAUUUCCAUCAUCUUGGUGACGAAUGAGAAACAUGUUUGCAGAACGAUCGCUGAGGUCAGUCGGCUGUGAGCAUGGCGGUCGAAAUAUGAAGCGUCUAUUGUCAAAAAUAUUGGCCCAGGCGCUUUAAUUUGAGUUAUUUUAAGUGUGUGUGUGUGUGUGUAUGAGUGCCGAGUCACACGUUAGCUAGUCAACCUCAGUAAAGCGGUUCUCUUCUGGGACUCGAGCUUCAACUUUUUUUUUUUCAGAGCUAAAUUAACCUGCAAAUUAUAAUCCCACCAGAAGCUCUGGUGUGGGAAUCGAACCGCAGACCAAAUCAACGGGUAAAGAGAAACUGGCCUUUUUAAUUUGUUCUUUGGACCAAGAUUUCCAGAUUUUUUUUUUACAUUUUAUUUUAUUUUCAUGCCAGUCACAGAUUAUUUUCCUUGAGGUAAAGUUCCUGGUUGUGAUUCGACAACGUUUAACAGAACUUCUUUUGCUCAUUUAUUAAAAAAAAAAAAAAAAAAGGUUGAUUCCUUUUUAAAUUACGGUAUUAAAAAAAAAAAUCUUUUUGGUGUCAAAGCUCGGGUAUCUUGUUGAAUUUAAAAACCCAUUUCUGUUCCACUGGAUACGACGUUUGACUUUGUUUUUGUUUGUUUUAAUAAAAAGGAGUCCCGACAGCAGAAA